GAAAUUCUAAAAUGGCGGACAAGCGCUUUUGAUUUGAAGAAUAACUUUGAAAAAUGUCCUAUCAUCAAUUGCUAUUUGACGAAGAGUUUUAAUAAAUUGAAAUAUGUGAUUUGUGCAUAUAACUGAUGAAAGCUUUCAAGUUACUAUUUUAAAAAAAGACGUUAUUAAGCAAUAUACUAACGACUUACAAGUUGAGACUCGUUACCCUGAGCAACUGUCUGAAAAAAAAUGCCUCCAUCAACUGCCGAAUGUUCGUUAGAUAUUCGGGGCACGGAGUAUUCGGUAGGAAGCUCGAUUGAUGAUGACUGUUUACAUCUCGUAGUUGAAGAUGUGGUAACUAAUGAUGUUUGGAAAGCGUCUUUUAACACUAAUAUAAUCGAGGAAAUAACUCGACGUACCGGCAAUUUUAAGCAAUUUUCAGUUUUUUGUAGUAUGUUAACAUCAGCUAUUGAGGGUAGUAGCGAUUCUGUUGAUAUAGAUAUAAUGACGUAUGAAGACCUAGAACAUUUAAGAAAGCGUUCCAAAGGUAAAAAUGGACCUGGACCAAAACAGUCUCAAAACAAGCGUUACCUUAUUUUAAUAUAUACCGCAGAAUUUGAUAGAAUUCACUAUCCUCUGCAAUUGCAGCACGAGGGAAAAUCAGAAAAUAAAAACGUACAUAAAACAAUAUCAAAAUUGAGAGAAGAUAUCAUAACUUUACAAAAGAGAUGCAAAAUUUUGCAAACUAGAAAUUCUCAGCUGGAGGAUGAAAUUUCCCAACAAGUGGAAUCAAAUCCUAGUCAGCAGACUGCACUUAUGAAAACAGCUUUAAGGAACCUGGAAGAACAAAGUUCGCAAGCCAAAGCAAAGUAUCAGAGAGCUGCUCAACGUCGAAAGACGGAAAUAGGUCGAUUACGAACUGAAAACGAAGAGCUAAAAGCAAGCGAAAGAAAUUUAAAAGCCAAAGUCAAAAGUUUAACAAAUGAAUUGGCCAUUUAUAAAAGAAGAAUAGGAGGCCCUGGAUCAGGACGAUCAUCUUACAGAUCAAAUAAUCUAUCUGGAACAUCAUCGCUAUUAUCGGACCAUUCCAGAAAUCGUAGUAGAAGUUUGUCAAAUAGUAGGAAUCAUUCACUCACGUCGGAUGCAUCUAAGAAUUCGCGUGUAAGAAAUGUUAGAAGUAGGACACCAUCACCAGGUCUGCCAAAACCAAGAUUUGACCCAACUGCUUACAUUAAAGAAAAAGAAAGAAAAAAACGUGAAUUGGACAUUAGAAGAAAACGAAGAAAUCAUAUAAGUUCCAGAUCACCAUCAAUAUCACCUAGAUCUGUUACUUCGAACGAUUCGAGACAUAGCCGUUCACGAUAUGGUAAUCUUUCUGAUUCAUCGAGAAAUUCAAAAUUAUCUAGAACACGAUACUCUUCUUUUGAUUCACUUGAUAGUGACACAGAUCUAGAUAAAAGAAGGACAAUUCGGAAAACUAGUUUGGAUAGAAGGUCUAACUCUUCCAAAAAUAUCAAGGCAAAACCAAAUUUAGAUAGUUCACAAGAUUCUAUUGAUAUCCCAAGAUCGCGCUUUGAUAGAUUUCGCCAAAAAGGAGCUGCUGAUAACUUUUUUGACGAACGAUCAGCCGAAAUUAGUGAAAUAGAUGCGCGUUUAAAUCGCCUGCAGGAAUUUAUGAAGGAUCAUCUAGAGUUAACUUAA